AUGGAAGGCAAGCAAACAAAAGGAAGGCAAAAGAUAGAGAUGAAGAGGAUUGAGAAUGAAGAUGAUCGCCUUAUUACUUUCUCCAAACGUAGAUCUGGUAUCUACAAAAAGUCAAGUGAGUUAGUGACCUUAUGUGGUGCUGAAGUUGGUGUAGUAAUAUUCUCACCCUCUGGCAAGCCUUUCUCUUUUGCUCAUCCUUCUAUUGAGUCUAUAGCGAACCGGUUUCUCAACCAAAACCCACCACAAACCGAUAACACCCACCCUCUCGUGGAAGCUCACCGCCGGGUCAGAAUUGAUGAGCUUAACCAGCAGCAUAAUGAUCUUCACAACCAACUCGAAGCCGAAAAAGAGAGAGGGAAGGAACUCCAGAUGUUGGCCAGGGCAAGGGGAAACCAGCAGGGUUGGUGGGAGACUCCUCUCGAAGAGCUAGGUUUUGAAGAGCUCCAAAACAUGCAUGCUUCUCUUGAGGAGCUCCAUAGGAAUAUCUGUAACCAUGUUAAGGGAAGGAGUAGAUUUCCUAUGUCUUCUUCUUCCUUCCAUGGUGGUGCAGGGACUUCUGCACAAGGAUCUAUGAACCCAUUUCUUGCAAAUGCAAGUGCGACUCAUCCUCCUGGCUAUGGCUAUGGACGUCAACAUUUCUAAGUUUUCUAUUUCGGGUUUUCUAUUUGCAUUUUGUUGUUUUCACUGUCAGUCUCCACAACUUUUUUUUAUUUUUUUUUAUUUUUUACUUUUUCACUUCUUUAUGUUUUGAUGAGUUGAAUAAUUACAUAUUAAAGAUUCGUAGUUCGUACUUGUUUCACCAUGGACUACAAAACUUGUUAUAUAAUUUUAAAAGCUAAAAAUUAUUCUAAUAACUUUGUGUUUUUUAAGAUCAGAAAACAGCAUUAAUAAAAACUCAUGGUAAAAGCAAAACAAACUCGAGUGCAAUUAGGACAGAGUUGGAUUGGACAGAUGGCAUUAUGAGGAGUUGCCUACUCUAGCACUCCGGAUUAGUAGAAAAUUUUCCCCCAAAAAUAACUUCAUUAACAAGAAUUUCACAAUUUUAUCAGUGUUUGCAAUAGAUUUUCCACCCACAUAAGAUUUCCAAAGUUCUCAGAAAAAAUAAAUAAAUAAAUAAAAUAAAAUGAUUUCCAAAAUAAGAACCUCUUUAUCGGAUUAAUAAACUGUAUAUGCAAACUAGAUUUCACGUUCAGAUGUUUCUUAUGUGCUCAAUAACUUACUACAACUUUCAAUUCCCGUUAAGAAAUCUAGAAUUCAAAAAACACGCUACUGAUUUAAACAAAAAAAAUCCUUAGUAUAUAUUUUUCCUAUAGCAUCUAGUCUUGAACAAGUAUAGAACUGUGUAUAUCGGACUAGAACGGGAAGCUCCACUCUGUCAAAGGAAAAGAAACUGACUCGUCCAUGCUCUACAUGACAAAACUUCGAAGGAACUCCCCCACAUUGUCUCUCUAGGGCUUCAAGUUCUGCCAUGGAUGUUUGGAUAGCCCCUAUCAAAGGCAAAGAGAAUUCGGAUGUAUACUAGAACAAAAUAUGUAGCUGAGAAGCAAUAGGACACUAAAGUUCAAAUACAUGAUAGGGUAUAGUUUUUUGUUCAAGAAAAUGCACAUAGACAUUAUCACCAAUGAACUAAGCUCAACUGAAGAAUAACAAAAGUAAUAAUUUAAUAUCUAGUAAAGCAGAGAAUAAAGCUUGGAUCACCAGGAGAAGACUUUCUAAACUUCUUGUUUGGUAGAUAAACAUCAAAAUUUGGCAUAGAUUCAUUAAUCUGUAUACCACAGAACAUACCAAUGAUGGAACUGUUGUCUUUUGAUUCCAAGUCUAUCAAUCCACUCUCCGGGGAGCAUUUAGAAGAUACACAGUCAUUGCUUCUAUUUGCAACCUUCAAAGAGCAGGGUAAACCAUGUCGCCCAACAAUGUGACCCAGAGAUUUUUGAUGCCUAUAUGCCUGAAAUUGCUCCAAUCAUACCUGCUUUUUACAUUUGAAAGCUUUAUGUACACCUCUUCAAAGGAAAUACAAGCAUCACAAUCAUCGAAGAGAAGCAAAGCUCCUACUUCAGCUAAAAACCAUUAAAAAAUAAAAAAAUAAAAAGUUUUAUUUACAAAUAAUUUCAUCCCAGCAUGGAAAGGGUAAAGGCAAAAAUCAUCUCAAUUAUAUUACUUAUAAAAGAAUAUAUGUUUUUUAUCAAAAUGCUAGACCCCCCAACUUACAUACAAUAAAAGGGGAAAAAAGCUUCAUACUUAAGCAGCAACUUCACUUGCAAAACUUCUUCGAUGAAGCAAUAGGUCAUGCCACUACGAACUAUUCCACUUGUCUUCCAAAGGGAACCCUUCUGAAUUAUAACUUCAGCCAUUUCCAUCAGAGGAUUCCAACAAGCCUUUGACACAAUGCUUCUGGAACCACGUAGUUAGAAUCUCAGAGCCCAAAAACAAAUUUAGACUCCUUUUUUGUCCUUUAUAUUGCAAAACUCUACCUCGUUUGCAACUUGGACCCUAACCCAGAAGCAUAAGAAUGUUCUUUGUCAUCAUCAUUGGUAUGUUGCACAUGGCACUCAUCAUCGCUCUCUUCUCCCAUAGAACUUUCCCACUUCAGAACCUACACCAACCAGUUGCCCAAGAAAU